UAUCGUUAUCGACCGUCGCGUACCUCUACUGUUUGGACGAAAACGUGCAUUUGUUUGUAGGGACGGUCUACAUACUACAUACUUUAAAAAUAAUUGCCACUAAACUUGUUCUAAAUAGCCGCACAAUGGGUGGGGAAAAGCAUGGACUACAAUUUCAUGAAAUGGAAUUGGACGAACGACUUCUAAAAGCCAUUUCCAAAAUGGGUUGGCUGCAGCCGACACUUAUCCAGGAAGCUGCUAUACCAUUGCUUUUGGAAGGGAAAGAUGUAGUCGUGCGAGCACGUACUGGCUCUGGAAAAACAGCUGCAUUUGCAUUGCCUUUGUUGCAGAAGUUGCUCAAUUCAAAAUUAAAUGCUUCGGAGCAAUGUACCAGCGCUCUUGUGCUUUCCCCAAGUAAAGAAUUAUGUCAGCAAACGCGUACAGCAAUGGAACAAAUGGCUGAUAAAUGUGGGAAAGUAUUACGCAUAGUAGAUCUUUCUUCCAGUGAUGUUGUUGCUCAAAGGCACGUGCUGUCUGAGCGUCCGGAUGUAGUGAUAUCCACACCUGCAAAGGUGCUUGCGCAUAUAGAGUCGGGAGUAUUGGAUUUAAAGAAAAUAGAAAUGCUGGUAGUUGAUGAAGCGGAUUUGGUAUUUUCUUUUGGGUUUGAAAAAGAUUUUAAAAAGUUAGUCGAAUAUCUACCACCAAUUUAUCAGGCCGUUCUUGUGUCCGCAACAAUAUCAGACGAUGUCAUGAACAUGAAAAACAUUGUGCUGCAUAAUCCAGUUGUACUAAAGUUGGAAGAGCCAGAUCUAGUGCCCGAAAGUCAGCUAUCUCAUCAGCGUAUAUCGGCCGAAGAAAAUGACAAGCCGGCAAUUUUAUAUGCUUUAUUGAAAUUACGUUUAAUACGUGGCAAAAAUGUAAUUUUUGUUAAUUCAGUUGACCGCUGCUAUAAACUUAAACUAUUUCUGGAACAAUUUCAAAUUAAAUCGUGCGUAUUGAACUCGGAGCUACCAACCAAAAUACGCAUACAUACAAUCAAUCAAUUCAAUCAGGGUAUCUACGAUCUUAUUAUUGCCUCUGAUGAGCGUAUGCUGGAAAAUCCUGGCCGAAAUAAAAGUGACCGUGAGUCGGGAGCUUCGCGGGGAAUAGAUUUUCACUGCGUUUCGAAUGUAAUCAAUUUCGAUUUCCCCACGGACGUGAACUCAUAUAUACAUCGCGCUGGACGUACGGCUCGAGGCACAAAUAAAGGCAGCGUACUAUCAUUUGUCAGCCUAAAGGACAAAGCAGCAAAUGAAGCAGUUGAGGAGAGAUUACGCAGGGGUUAUUUGAGCGAUAAUCAAAUUAUAAGAAAUUAUCAAUUCAAGUUGGAGGAAGUCGAACCGUUUCGUUAUCGCGCGCAAGAUGCCUGGCGAGCAGUCACGCGCAUUGCAGUGCAUGAAGCACGCAUGCGUGAAAUCAGAAUAGAGAUUUUUAACAGCGAAAAGUUGAAAGGCUUUUUCAGUGACAACACCCGGGACCUGCAAGUACUACGGCAUGACAAGCCCUUAAAGACAGUUAAAGUGCAGCCACAUUUAUCGCAUGUACCAGAGUACAUUGUGCCUAAAGCUUUAAAACGGAUGGCAACAACCGCAGCAACGCGAGUUUCUAAACAACCUCGCGGCUACCAUUCUACAGCAAAGGCCGCGUAUGAAAGUCAAAAAGAUAAUCCAUUACUUUGUAGUGAACUCGAUUAUGGACGGAAACGUGGUGGCAGUAGAAAGAAAUAAAAAUUUUGUUUUAAUGUGUUUUGCCUUAAGUCGUAGCUGUAAUAUUGUAAAAUAAAUGAAAUACCAAACAUAGGAUCAUGUA